UCCUUGAGAGGCUGCCCAACCAAACACGUGCAAAUGUUGAAGCUUGGGAGCUGCUCCUAUGGCGUCCGAAGCCUCUGCUUCUUCCUGCGCCAUCCAUUGUUUUACUCAACAUCAACUUCUCUUACUAAUCAUGGUAACCCUUCUUCUUCUUCUUCAUUCUCUAUCUCAUUAUCGAAUUUCUUAGUUGAUAAUCUGGGUUUCUCCAAUCAACAAUCUCUCUCCAUUUCCGCUAAGCUCACUAAAACACGGAAAGCGGGAGAGACGAACAAGGCUGCUGAAUUCAAUUUCUUUGAAAAUGCUGAUUCUGUUAUUCAAUUCUUUAAACAACUUGGGUUUCAGCAAUCUCAUAUUCAGAAAAUCAUUAUUUGUGAACCCCGGUAUUUAGUUUCUAGGGCUCAUAAAACCCUAAAACCUAAAAUUCAGCUAUUUAAUGAUCUGGGUAUGUCUGAGUCUGAUGUAAUUCAAACUAUUCUUAGAAAUCCUAUAAUAUUGCGCCAACGUUUGGGUCCUACAAUUCAUGCUCUUAAGAAUGUUUUGGGUAGUGAUGAGAAUGUUGUUACAAUUCUCAAGAAAGUAACUCGGAACCUUCAAUGCACUGCUAAUUAUUUCAUUCCCAAUGUUGAACUAUUGCAAAAGUAUUGUGGCAUUUCUAGUGACACAAUCCAGAAACACAUUCUUCGGCGGCCUAAUUCUUUUAUAGUGAAAACUGAUUUACUUCGAGAUACCUUAAUUAAGGUGGAACUGCAGUUAGGGAUUCCUCGAGACUCUUCAAUGUUCUUUUAUGGUGUCAAUUUUCUGCUUUCCUGUGGUGAGAAGAAUAUCAAGGAUAAAUGCGAAGUAUUUAAGAGUUUUGGAUGGACUCAGUCUGAUAUCAUGAAAUUGAUCAGGCUAAAUCCUUUGUGUUUCACUAGUUCAGAGGCGAGGAUCAAGGAAAGACUAGGCUAUCUGAUGAACCAAAUGGGUUACAAGCCCAAUUAUUUAGCAACGCAGCCUAUACUAUUCAUGUGUAGCAAAGAGAAGAGAUUAUUGCCAAGACAUCGAGUCUUACAGAUUUUGCAGGAGAAAGGUCUUAUAAGGAUGGAUUAUCUUCUUUCUUCUGCUGUUUCCUACUCUGAGUCUGUGUUCUUAAAAAGGUUUGUUCUGCCAUUUGAGGAAGUCCAUGAAGUUUAUGCCCAACUGAUAGGUUCUACAUUGGACUCGCUCAAUGUAGGUAGAUCCAAAAGCCAAUCUUAAAGGUGUCACCAAAUUCGAAUGCUGCUUGAUGUUAGUCAGUGCAUAAGGUAUCAGGCAAUGUGAAUUUUGUUAUGUUCAUCAAAACAACUUUCAAUAUUCUCGCAAAAUCAUUUCCUUGUUUGAAGUAAAUGUAAUACCUUUUGGAAACGAACUAGGAAAGUUUGUAGGCCAUUGUGAUUGGGAAGGUUUGAUUGCAAUGCCGUUACUUUGUUGCUUUGCAACGAGUAGAAGUAAAGUUUCAAGUUUUAAAAAAAAAACAGGGUUUGAUUCAGAAAUUAUUUUUUGAAGGUUUGGACUACAGAACUCUUUGUAUUUGGUAUUCCCAUAUGUAUCCCUAUAAGCAAAUUCUUUGAUAUCAUGAUAUGUGGACUGUGAUGGGUAUUUCAAUAUUCCCAUAUGUAUUUCUUGGUGGAUGUUAGUGUCGAUUUAUUAUUAAUACGAGUUACAUAUUUGAUAUUUCUUAUUUUCCGUU